CUUAAAGCCAGUACACGUCCAGAGUGAGCUAUCCUAGUGCCGGGGAGGAGUAUAGUAAAUUGUCAGGCUUCUAGAUACUGCUGGUCAGUAGCCCCUAUCCAUAUUAAGAGCUUCCUCAGUCUGUGGUUCAUGACUGUUGCAGUCGGGGAUACGCACGCAUUAGCGCUCAUCAUGCCUGUUCGAGCGGAGUGCUGCAGCAGCACCGCUGCGGCCCGUACAUCCUCGGCCUCUCUUAUCCCUCCCCCGCCGAUCAACACGCACCAGCCCGGGGUAGCGACUUCGCUGCUGUACAGCGGUUCACAGUUUCGAGGACAUCAGAAGAGCAAAGGAAACUCGUAUGACGUUGAGGUCGUUUUGCAGCAUGUGACCAUGGAGGACUCUUAUCUGUGUGGUUACCUGAAGAUCAAAGGCCUAACCGAGGAGUAUCCCACUCUCACCACGUUCUUCGCAGGAGAGAUCAUCAGUAGAAAGAGGCCCUUUUUAACCAGGAAGUGGGAUGCAGACGAAGAUGUGGACCGCAAGCACUGGGGUAAGUUUCAGGCUUUUUAUCAGUAUGCAAAGAGCUUCAACUUGGACGACUUUGAUUACGAAGAGCUGAAGAACAGUGACUUUGUCUUUAUGAGGUGGAAGGAGCAGUUCCUGGUCCCGGACCACACCAUUAAAGACAUCAGCGGGGCGUCCUUCGCUGGUUUCUACUAUAUCUGCUUCCAGAAGUCCACAGCCACCAUCGAGGGCUACUACUACCACAGAAGCUCUGAAUGGUACCAGUCGUUAAACCUCACCCACGUCCGGGAACACAGUAUGCCCAUCUAUGAGUUCCGGUGAUACCCGCCUGCUGGCAGAGGGGACUUUGAUUGGCACUGCCCUAGAGACUCACUCAUGGAGGGGGAGAUGAACUGACCAAUCAUGCCAAGGAUGUACCUACCAGUAUUCUCUGCCGAAAGGGAGAGAACGAUGGAAGGAGGGAGGGAUAGACGAAGAACAAAGCCACCGACUGACAGUUUUUCCCAGCCUGCCUUUCUGGACUUUACAUCAGCUGGGAUCAACAGCACUUUCUCUGGUUGUUUUCUCUUCCACACUCUUUCUCCAUUCAGCUUCCUGUUUCUGAAGCUACCUUUCCUCCUCUUUCCACCAUGUUGAAAACGCUUUCCACUUUUCAGUUGGGAAUCCCCCCCAGCCCCUAUGAAAAUGGGUGGGGGGGUGCAGCAGUCUAAGAUUUAAGUACAACGUUUGAUAUUGCAUUUUAAUUUGUCUCAAUGAAUUGAGGCCUGAUUGAGAUUGACCGAGCUACAGAGUGAGCAAGCAAUCCUGAAAAGAUGGAUCUCCAUAAGGUCUUGAGGUGUGACAUCAUCAAGGGUGGGCUCAACAGAAGAUUGAUGGUCAAUGAUCUGCCAUGAUGCAAGUUCUGACGGCUUAGUCGGAUGACGUCUUGGUGAAGGUUGAUAUUUGAAGGCAGGGCAUAAUCAGAUGUGUGUUGUGGGCUAUUGAAACAAAUAAUACCACACCGAUGGCUACUUUAAAUCUGUCCUCUCUCUGAGAUGGUGGAGUCGACAUCGUGUGACCUAUAGAGGGAGUCCCCGUGCCCUAGUUCAUAUUGGCGGACGUAUUUCCAGGCUGCUGUUACUGCUGCUUUUUGAAAAGCCUCCUACCGUUCCCUGCCUCAACCAAGUGAACUGAUAAAGUGGUUUAUGCUUCACUCAUUUUUCUAUGCAAUUUACAAAAAAAAUGUCUCAUCUGGCGCUUACCUACUUUCCAUUUUAUUUUCAGAAAGGACUUUUAAAGGGUAUUAUGAUGACGUACGUGAGUGAUCACACAGCCACCAGAGUAUUUAUUGAAAAUGAAUAUUGUUGUUAAUUUACAUGUGUAUAGAUAAAUAUAUAUAUAUAUAAUAAAGAGUUUUUAUUCACCAGGCUUUUAAACUGAUUUGACACACAGCUAUUUGAGUGUAAUGCUCUGGUGUCAUGCGUUAUGUGUGGUGGCUCUGAAGUACUAAUGGAAGAGAGGGUGUAGUGCAGAUAGACAGGCAGCCCAAUUCUGAUCUGUUUUUCACUAAUUGCUCUUUGGACCAAUCAGAUCUUUUUCAGAGCUGAUCUGGUCAAAAUACAUGAGUGAAACAUAUCAGAAUUUGGCUGCCUGUCUAAACGUAGCCAAUGAGUUGUCUGUGUGGUGAAGCUGGAAUAAUGCUAGAGCGCUACAAAUCAAAGUGUGUGCAGUGGACUAAAUGCCAUGGUACAGAUGAGAGUGAGCUAGUAUAGAGUUUUGGCUGGAGGAGGAAAAGAUGAGGCAUAGAAAUACAAUGAUUAGAAUGGACACGUAAGUAUUUCGUAAGACGUUGAUGACCAAACUAGAUAUGGAUUUUGUGUUAGGUCCUAAAGCAGCAUACUGCACAGUACCGACUCAACACAUGUACAGUAUUGCUGACAGUCAACGAUUUUAACGAGGUCGACCCAUUCUGUUAAUUUUAUUUCUACGUUUCUGAUGUAUUGAAUGUGGCAGGCAGCUAACUGAACUGUCUCCUCUGCAUUCUUCACUUUGCCCCUAAUUAUACCAACGCACAACCGGUGUGUCUCUCCUGUAUCAUUUUGACGUCUUUUCCAUUCACAGAAUGAGAAAUAGUGGCGUUGUUACAAAACCUUGAUGACAUGUGAAGAGAUGUGUUUUCUGGGAGAGUAUAAAAUAAACUGACAAGAACA